GCACUCUUGUCCUUAUGCACUACUUUCAGGGGCAAAUUAAGGUAAAGUUAACAUGUGACGGUGGAAUAAAUAAUUUAGAUGAUGAAUAAAUUAAAAAAGAAAUAAAGAACCAAAGAUCAUUCCACAAACCAUGAAUCAUCAUCGUCUAUUGCCGUUUGCUGCUUUUCUCGUCCCAGCGAUUUUGGGGGUCAUCAUUUUCCAGCUCGACUCGUUCGACCCGGCACCGUACCCGGCUGGGGAGCUGAGUCAGAGGAAGCCGGCGGCGGCGGCGGCCCCAAGCCGGAACGGCCGGAUGCUGGAAGGAUCGGAGAGGAUAGGAGUGGGACGGGUGUGGGGCCCGGAGGACAUAGCCUACGACCCCAAGACGGGGAUCAUAUACACCGGGUGUGUGGACGGGUGGGUCAAGCGAGUGACGGUGAACGAGUCGUCAGCGCCGGACUCGGUGGUGGAGGACUGGGUCAACACGGGCGGCAGGCCGCUUGGACUCGCCCUUGGACUUCACGGUGAAGUUUUGGUAGCUGAUGCGGAUAUUGGAUUAUUGAAUGUGACGGCAGAGGGGGUGGUGGAGUUGCUGGCGGAUGCAGCGGAGGGGGUAAAGUUCAAGUUGACGGACGCGGUUGCAGUUGCAGAGGACGGUGUCCUCUAUUUCACAGAUGCAUCUUGGAAAUAUGGUGUCAAGGACUUCAUUUGGGAUUUUCUUGAAGGAAGACCCUAUGGCAGAUUACUAAGUUAUGACCCAAACACCAAACAGACCAAAGUACUUCUCAAAGACUUGUUCUUUCCAAACGGUGUUGUUGUCUCCCCAAACGAGGAUUCUGUCAUUUUCUGUGAAACCCCAAUGAGGAGGUGUAAGAGGUUGUUCAUAAAGGGUGAAAGGAAUGGAUCCAUUGAUGUUUUUAUAGAGAAUUUGCCAGGAAUGCCAGACAACAUCCAUUAUGAUGGGGACCGCAUCUUCUGGAUUGGACUUGUCACGGAAUACAACUUGGGGUCGGAGAUCAUGCAAAAGAUCCCAUUGGUGAGGAAGGUUUUGGGAGUGAUGGAGAAGUACAAAGUGCGGCCGAAUAUGGAAAGGAAUGGAGGCGUUAUCGCGGUGGACUUUGAAGGUAACCCGGUGGCUCAUUACUACGACCGCCAUUCCUUACUCAUCACGACCGGAAUCAAGAUCGGGGAUCAUCUCUACUGUGGUUUCAUUUCUUCUGAGUUCAUACUCAGGCUCAACCUCACUCAUAAUGUCACUACAUUGGUCAAGGGAUGAACAAAGAAUGCCAUAUACACACAUCACCAUCUAGUUAAUUUCUUUAAAAAAAAUAUAUAAGAUGAACUUCAUCCUCGAGGGCCACCUUAGAACCAACCAGACGAUUACACAAGAGAAGGUAAAUUAAGAUUUAAUCACAUAAAUGGUGAUACUUUAUAACCCAUUACCUUGUUUGUUAGUUGAGCCACGUCCUCAGUUGCAGUUAAUUUCUGAAUGUGGGAGAAUUGGCACUUCCUCAUACCAAGUAUAGUAGGCGCCACGCCAAUACAUAGUUUCACUUAUU